CCACCCAGCUGAUAGGGCCUGUGGGAGUGCCCGCCCCCUUCCAACUUCAUAAGAGCACCCCCAGGGCCUGGCCUGGGUCUGUGUUGAGGCCACGGCAGCAUCAUGGCGCACCGCUCCCUGCACCUGGCGGCUCUGAUUCUCCUCGGGGCGGCCGUGUGUGCGGCUCAGCCCCGCGGCAGGAUCCUGGGCGGCCGAGAGGCCAUGUCCCACUCGCGGCCCUACAUGGCAUCCGUGCAGGUGAACGGCAAGCACGUGUGCGGAGGCUUCCUGGUGGCCGAGCAGUGGGUGAUGAGCGCAGCGCACUGCCUGGAGGAUGUGGCCGACGGGAAGGUGCAGGUGCUCCUGGGCGCGCACUCCCUGUCACAGCCGGAGGCCUCCAAGCGCCUGUACGACGUGCUACGCGCAGUGCCCCACCCGGACAGCCGGCCGGACACCAUCGACCACGACCUCCUCCUGCUGCAGCUCUCUGAGAAGGCCGUGCUGGGCCCCGCCGUGCAGCCCCUGCCCUGGCAGCGCGAGGACCGCGAGGUGGCGGCCGGCACGCUCUGCGACGUGGCCGGCUGGGGCGUGGUCAGCCACGCUGGCCGGCGGCCCGACCGCCUGCAGCACCUACUCCUGCCGGUGCUCGACCGCGCCACCUGCAACCUGCGCAAGUACCACGACGGCACCAUCACCAGGAGCAUGAUGUGCGCACAGAGCAGCCGCCGCCGGGACAGCUGCAAGGGUGACUCUGGAGGCCCGCUGGUGUGCGGCGGCGUGGCCGAGGGGGUGGUCACCUCGGGCUCACGUGUUUGUGGCAACCACAAGAAGCCCAGCAUCUACACGCGCUUGGCGAGCUACGUGGCCUGGAUCGACGGAGUGAUGGCUGAGGGCUCAGCUGCCUGAGGAGGACCUGAGGGGCGGCGGUCACGGGGGUCCGAGCAAUAAAGUCAUCCACUCCUGCA